UAUAAGAAUGAUUUGAAAAGACACGUGAGAACCCACACUGGUGAGAAACCUUUUGCCUGUUCAGAUUGUGGCCAAAGAUUCUCUCAGGAUGCAAACUUAAAAAGACACAUGAGAAUACACACAGGUGAGAAACCUUUUGCCUGUUCUGAUUGUGGCCAAAGAUUCUCUCAAAAGGGAGCCUUAAAAAAGCAUACAAGAACCCACACUGGUGAGAAACAGUUUGCCUGCUCAGUGUGUGGCCAAAGAAUCUCUUCGAGGGAGACCUUACAAAUACACAAAAGAACACACAUUGGUGAGAAACCUUUUGCCUGCUCAGUGUGUGGCCAAAGAUUCUCUGAGAAGAGAACCUUAAAAACACACACAAGAACACACACUGGUGAGAAACCUUUUGCCUGCUCAGUGUGUGGCCAAAGAUACUCUCAGAAGGGAACCUUAAAAGCACACACCAGAACACACACUGGUGAGAAAACUUUUGCCUGCUUAAUAUGCGGCCAAAGAUUCUCUUGGCGGGUAAGCUUAAAAACGCACGUAACAACCCACACUGGUGAGAAACCUUUUGCCUGCUCAGUGUGUGGCAAAAGAUUCUCUGAGAAGGGAACCUUAAAAACACACACAAGAACACACACUGGUGAGAAACCUUUUGCCUGCUCAGUGUGUGGCCAAAGAUACCAUCAGAAGGGAACCUUAAAAAAACACACCAGAACUCAUACUGGUGAGAAACGUUUUGCCUGCUUAAUUUGCGGCCGAAGAUUCUCUUGGCGGGGAAGCUUAAAAACGCACGUAAGAACCCACACUGGUGAGAAACCGUUUUCCUGCUCAGUUUGUGGCCAAAGAUUCUCUCAGAAAGAUCACGUAAUUAACCACACAAGAACCCACACUGGUGAAAAACCUUUUUCCUGCUCAGUUUGUGGCCAAAGAUUCUCUGAGAACGGAAGGUUAAAAAAGCACGUCAGAACCCACACUGGUCAGAAACCUUUUUCCUGCUCAGUUUGUGGCCAAAGAUUCUCAAGGAAGUCUCAGGUUAGGAAUCACCAAUGUAUUGAUGAUAUGAACAGUGAUCAAUGAAAUUCUCACCUAUCAUCUGAGCAGGCUUGUUGUAUUUUAUGUACCUUCUUAUUUGGAUGCUGAAGUUUUCUUUUCCUUGAGUGCAUCAAA